AUGCCUGCAAGUGAUUACAAUCCGUUCGCCAAGCGCGAAGAGUUCACACGGAACAACCUCAUCGCCUACAAGGUUCUCACAAUCGUCACCUGGCUUCUGUUGGUCAUCGUUGGAGCGGUCUACACCUUUAGCCACCCGGAGGACUGCCGACACAGGCACCGAUGCCACACAAUAUGGGGACAAAACAACCACGUGGUGACGCCCUUCACCCUGAACUCGGUUCUCACAAGCAUAUACUGGGUCGUGGUUUUGAUUCUACAGGCACAUUACAUCCGGUAUUUGUGGAGUGCAGACAAGCAAUUUGUAACAAAUGCUGCCAAUGUUGGCAGCCACUUCAUCUUCCAUAAUCUACUGACCUUUGGCUUCAUCAUGCUCUGGGUUCGAGGCCACUUCUGGCAAGGCGAGCUGCUCCUUAUAAUCAACCUCUUCAACCUCACUCUGCUCUAUUUCGGCCACCCUACCACGCCGCUGUUCAUCCACAUUCCAAUCGUGUCUGCUCCUUUGGCCUGGAAUUACGUCGCCAUCCUUUGGGACGGAGCAGCCAUGGUCCACGCUCAUAGUCUACCCGCCAGAAUCGUGGCCAACAUCUUCAUCUGGGGUAUUCUGGUCCUCGGUGGCUUCUUUGUCUUGACCUUCAAGGACUAUACCAUGGGGAUCGAGUUGGCAAUUCUGUCGCUCUCUUUGGGCCUGGGACAGGUAUCUUCCCAUGUCAUCGCUCUUCAGUGGAUCUUUGCCUUUGUCAUCGCCGGAGCUCUGCUCGUUUUAUCACUGGUAGUUGGAGCUCCGAGGCUGUUUGGACAAGAUAAUAGCAUCCGACAGGAAGGGGCAAUUGUCAGUGAGGACCGAGAGCGAGCCCCAUUGUUGGACGACCAGUGA